CGAGGAGAGGACAGGAGCUCUGGGAGGACUGGGACUGGGAGGACACAGAGGACUGGACGGACCGGACCGGACCCGGGACCAGGCGGACAUGGAGGGACCGAACGGCAGCAGCAGCAGCAGCAGCGCGAAGAAGAAGACGAAGAAGAAGAAGAUCCCGGACAGGGUGACUCUGAAGAAGGAGAUCGGGCUGCUGAGCGCGUGCACCAUCAUCAUAGGUGAGGCAGGGAGACACGCGCGCUGAUGCACGAGAUCAGGUCAUUAUUUCAUUAUUAUCUGCAGAAGUUUGAGGAUGAAGUUAGAGCUCCUCAGAGUCCUGCACCGGUACCAAAAGUAGACCAGGAGAGGGUGGGUGAAGGACCCGGACUCACCGGAAGAAUGUUAAUGAGGUUCUGAUGAAGAUGGUUAUAGUUUGAGGAAGGACUCCAUGUUUGUUUGUUUCCUGCUUCACCUCAAAGUGACUUUAGUGCUUACGUGGCUGAGAAAGUGGAGAAGAAGAAGGAGCAGGAUGGAGGUCAGGCAGAAGAACAUUGACUGAUGGAGCAGAAUGAACAGCAGGGACCUUUAAACACACCACAGCAGCAGCAGCAGUACCGUAAAUAUGGAGAGGGGGAGUCACAAUACAGGAGGAGGAGGGCCCAGAGCAUCUAUGUCAUCAAUAUCUAUACAGGUUUUACAGCAGGAGGGUCACAGAGAAAAGUCAGAGUUUAAGGUUUUAGAAAAGUGACUCUGCUGAUCCUUAAAGACCAAAGAGAGGAGAAACUCCAGGAACUAGAUCCUCUGAACUUCAAAAGUUCCUCAAACUUGUGUUCACUUUAAAAACAUUUAUAAAUAUAGAUUUAAAACUGCAAAAAUGAUUUUUCUCAUUCAAACCAGUUCAAAGAAGUCAGGGCGCUUUCACAGGUGGUUUAAUGGGUGGACCAGCUGCUCUUUAAAACUGAGGAUGCAGCAUCUAUGAUUUCCAAAUCUUCAUUAGAACAGGGUGCAGCAUCUAUAAUUUUCAAUUCUUGGUUUAAACUAAGAAUGCAGCAUCUGCAAUUUCCAGUUCUUUGUUAAAACUGAGGAUGUAGAUUCUAUGAUUUCCAAUUCUUCGUUAAGACUAAGGACGCGGCAUCUAUGAUAUCCAAUUCUUUGUAAAAAAAAAAAAAAAAGGAAACAGCAUCUACAACUUCCAAUUCUACGUCAGGUCUGAUUCCUCUAAAAGCUAAGGAUGCAGCAUCUAUGAUUUCCAAUUCUUUGUUAAAAAAUGAGUACACAGCAUCUAUAAUUUCCAGUUCUACCUUAGAACUGGUUCUUCUUAAAGUUAAGGCUGCAGCAUCUAUGAUUUCUAGUUGUUCAUUGAAAAGACAUCUGGAUUUACUUUAGACAUUUCUGAGGAUGCAGCAUCUAUGAUUUUCAUUUCUUCGUUAAAACUGAUUCUUCUAGAAACUGAGUAUGCAGCAUCUAUGCUUUCCAUUUCUUUGUUGAAAGGACAUCUGGACUUAGUUGAGACUCUUUGGCCAAACGUCUGGAGUAAGUCCAGUCGUCAGAUUCUGACCCAUCAGACCUCCUGACGGUUCUCAGUCCACCUUUAAUGGACUCAGAGAGGUCUCUGGUGGUUCUGGUUCCUCUUUGGUUCCUGUUUGACCCUCAUUGGUGGGUUCAGUGAUGAUGUUUGUUCACAGUCAGUGGUUUCUGAGGUGAUUCCCGCUCCAGAGCCUGUUUUUAAUGCCUGUAUGUAGAUAAUGAAGGUUCGUGUGUUUGUAGGUUCAGACUCACUCAGCUGCUCUGAUAUUUGACGCUCCGCUCUGAGGAGUAAAAGCUUCAGGAGGAGGUGAAGGAGGAUCCAGCUGAUGGUUAUUUUGGCUCCUGCGUGUUCCCAGCAGGAGGUCUGGUGCAUGCUUUGGUGAACGGUUGAGCCCGGGCUGAGCGUCUGAAAGCGAACAUUUGAGUAAAAAUCCUUGUGUGGAACAAGAGAAAGGUCGUGUGUGCAGAAUGCUGAAGCACCUUUGCAUUCAGAGAGGGAGCGAGCUGGCUGCUCCACGCUCCGCACAAACACAACAACACUCUGUUUCCUCCUACUGCUCCUCCGUGUCACUUUCAGGGAGAUGCAGAAGGUGAGUCGGUCACUUCCCACCUCUGCGGUCGGAGUGGAUAAUUUAUGUCGGGUUAUGUAAUGGCUGUCUGUGCCACUUGGCUGCCUUCUGCUGUGCUACUGACAGACACGGAGUCUGAAUGUGUGCGAUCUGCCGGUACUCUACACUGCAUACUGAGGCUGUGGGCAGGAGGGACUGUCCCGGCCUGACUUAUGGGCUUCACCUCCUCCUCCUCCAACUCACUAACUCACUCCAUUACUCAGCUCUUUGUCUCUUCAUGUCCUCUGUAUAAACUCACAGAGUCCAUGGUUAAGUAUCUCAGGAGAAGAAAUGAUGGGGACGUCCUGCAUGGCGUGACCUGCAGGCGACCGUUUCCUUCGUUUUCAGUGUCCGUACUGACUCUGGAAUCUGAAAAAAUAAAGGCAGAUUUACAAUAAUUAUAAAAUUAUAUUUUAUCUUAUAUAUAUAUUAUAAUAUUAAAUUAUACUAUCGUAUUAUAUUUGAUUUAUUGUAUUGUAUUUUUAUUCUUGGCUUGGAAACUAACCUGGGUACUAUUUUCGUACCACAGACUGUCAAAGGUGUGGGGUAUGACGAAUAAAGUUCCUUGAAUCCUUGAAUAUUUGUUUGAAGGGAUAUUCUUAAUUGAUUAUUAAAAUUAAUUUAGGGUCAAACACACCGUAACACCGAGUUAGACCCCCCCUCCAGAGAUGAAUGUUGCCGACCGCUUGCUUCUCUAGUUAUACCAACUUUAGUAACGACCGCAGGAUAGAAAUACAGAGAGACACGCCCCCAACCAAAACGCCACUCUAUAGCCACAAAUAACGCUCAGAACAGCACCUAACUUCAUCAACAGGACAUAUAGGGUCACAGACAUAGUACUAGACACCAAACAUCUUUUUAACUUUGACUCAUUUCUUUAGCAAAGAGACUAAACACAACUCACCUACUCUCUUCCAGCAGACGCUUGUUUGUAGAAAGACCUCAGGCCAGUCCAUUACAGACUACAGCGGGGUGCCGCAGCUCAAGGAAGAACAUUUAUGAUCAUUUCUUCAUCAUUUCCUUGAAGUAAUAAUCACCAUAUUGAUCAUUUUACAGACGCUGUAGUUCUUCUGUCUUAGCGUCUCGGUCUGAUUGUAUUUCCAUGAAGAAAUUAUCAUAAAUGUUCUUCCUUGAGCUGCGGCACCCCGCUGUAGUCCGUAAUGAACUGGCCUGAGGUCUCUCUACAAACAAGCGUCUGCUGGAAGAGAGUAGGUGAGUUGUGUUUAGUCUCUUUGCUAAAGAAAUGAGUCGAAGUUAAAAAGAUGUUUGAAAUAAAGAUUGAGACUUUGAUAAAAAGUUAAAAUAUAUUUUUUUAAAAAGUCAAAAAGUUAAAAAAAAAAAAUUGGGGGAAAAGGUCAAAAUGUCAAAUAAAGUCAGAAAUUUUACAAAUAAAUAAAAUCAUAAGUUUAAUUGUCAUGAAACUAUAAACCUAUCAGUGUAUUCAUUAAACAGUUCGGAGGCCGGGGUCGGAUUUGAUGGAGGUGUUACUGUAACUUGCUGUCUUAUGGCGGCGACUCCUUAAACUGGUCAGGAUCACUCCACCACCUCUUCCUUCUCCUCUUCCUCCUCUUCCUCUUCGUCUCUCCAGGGAACAUCAUCGGCUCUGGGAUCUUCAUCUCUCCAAAGGGGGUCCUGGAGCACUCGGGCUCGGUGGGUUUGGCGUUGGUGGUUUGGGUUUUGGGAGGCUGCAUCGCUGCGUUGGGCUCGCUCUGCUACGCUGAGCUGGGCGUCACCAUCCCCAAAUCUGGAGGAGACUACUCGUACGUGACGGAGAUCUUUGGGGGUCUGAUGGGGUGAGUGAAUCAAGAGACUUCUGUGAAUGAAUGAAUGAGUGAGUGAGUGAGUGAGUGAGUGAGUGAGUGAGUGAGUGAGUGGGUGAUGUUCAGAGGAGAACAGGAGCUGAUCUGCAGGAUUGGUGACUCUAAAUUGUCCUUAAGUAUCAGUGUAAGUGGUUGUCUGUCUCUCUAUGUGACCCUGAAAUUGACUGGUGACCAAUUCAGGGUGUAACCCGCCUGUCGCCCCAUGACAGCUGAGAUUGGCUCCAGUCCACCUGCGACCCGGAAGGGGAUGAGCGGUUUAAAGGGUGGAUGGAUGGAUCUUAAAACCAACGUUUUCUCCUUACUUUAUACUCAUAUUUAGAACAUUUCACUUGAUCUGGGCCUGUAAAAGUUAAAUUUAAUCUUAAAACCAUAAUUUUAUACUCAUUUUAUCCUUAAAUUUGAUUUAUUUUACUUAUUUUAGGGCUGUAAAAGUUCAAUUUCAAGUUAUUUGAUCUUAAAACUCGCAUUUAAUACUUAUUUUAUGUUUAUAUUAAGUAUAGUUAACUUAUUGUAGGGACUAUAAAAGUUAAAUUUUAAGUACUCUGAUCUUAAAACCAGCAUUUUUGGCUCACUUUAAGCCUUUCAAGUACAUUUGUAGACAUGCUUUUUUCUAGAUUUAAUCACUUAAUGUAAGAAAUCUUAUCAUGUGAAAUGAUCUCGCUGCAUGGACAGAUAAUUUCACUUGUUUUUGAACCUUUCCCCUCAGAUUUAGUGUUUUUAUCGUGUUUUUAGACCCUCCUUUUUUUGCAGUGUUGAGUUCAAGAUCUUCCUCCUCCUCCUCUUCUUCCUCAGGUUCCUCCUGUUAUGGAGCGCCGUCCUCAUCAUGUAUCCGACCACUCUGGCCGUCAUCGCCCUCACCUUCUCCAGCUACGUCCUCCAGCCCGUCUUCCCAAACUGCGUCCCUCCUUACAUGGCCACACGGAUGCUCUCCGCCACCUGUCUCUGUGAGUCACCCUGUCACCUCCUACUUCAGUGAAAUCAGACGGUUCGUGGUCCUCAGUCUGAUCAACACUUUUCAUGAAAGAAGGUGGUUUCUCCUCCUAAAUUUCCUCUGCUCUACUUAUUUCCCCCUAAAUGAUUAAUUUACCUCCUCCUGCUGAUUAUAAUCCGGCUCAUCUAUAAACUACAAGUCCGUUCCUUUUGGCACGAGCGGCAGAGGGGAAGUGGUCACGUGAAACAUCUCGGUUAUGUAACUCCAGGCUGAAGGCUUUUAAAAACCUCUUUUAUGGCUGUAGUAAAUAAUGCACGGCGUCCCUUCAGGAGGGAGGAGAGCUACGACGAGGAGGAGGUGAAGGAGGAGGAGGUGAUGUCUGCAGACUGAACUACAAUAGCUGCUGAUAAAAACUGCUAAAGUAUAUCCACCCAAUAAAUAAAUAAAUAACAUGUUACUGAGAUAAAGAGUAAAACUGCUGUUGUACAAAAUCCAGUUCCUCUGAACAGAAUACAGUCAUUUAUAUUCAGUUGAAUUCACUACAAAGACGAGAUAUUUAAUCUUCAAACUCAUAAAUAAAGUUUGUUGCAAAUAAUGGACAGGGUCAAGUUUACCUCUGAGUUCCAUCACCUUUCCUUUUAACAAACUCAGUAAACGUUUGUGAACUGAGGAGACGAACUGUUGAAGCUCUGAAGGUGAAUUCUUUCCCAUCCUCGCUCGUUAAUGACUGAGAGUUUUUGGGGAAGCUGCUUUUAUACCCACUCAUGACACCCACCUGUUCCCUAUCAGCCUGCUCACCUGUGGGACGGUCCAAACAGGUGUUUGAUGAGCGUUCCUCAAAUUUAUCAGUAUUGCUGCCAUGAAAUUCUAAAAAAUAAAGUUUAUGAGUUUGAACAUUAAAUAUCUUUGAGGUGUUUUAAAUUGAAUAUAGGUUGAAAAGGAUUUACAAAUCACUGUGUUCUGUUUUUAUUUACGUUUAUCACAAUUUCCAAACUUCAGUGGAAUUAGGUUUUGUAAAUAAUAACCAAAUCUUCCUCAACUUAACCCCUCAUCCCCAAGUACGAUCUAAUAGAAACAUUAUUAAAAUGCAUGAACUUGAAAAGGGCUCGAUUUCAUAGAAACAGAAAUGUGCGCACUGAGUGUGCAACACUGGAGGUUUAAAAUCUAAUUUAAUAAAUGAUAAAUAAAACGAAAUAAAAACAACAGUAAAGGAUACUAAAAUAAGAGCAUCAACACAGCUCAAUAAAAGACGAUCCUGUUAUUAAAACUAGACAGAGAUAAAUGCUCAAACACUUCAAGUUAAUGAUGUAAAAUUUAGUUCAAAGCAAAACUAAAAAGGUUUGUUUUCACUUUGGUUUUAAUUAAAUCGUUUCACACCGUGUAUAUAUACUAGAUUGUAUUGUAUGCUAACACACCUCACUGUCCUGCGUUGUCACAUGUUGUGUUGUUGAACAUUGUUUUGUGUUGCAUGUUGGAUUAUUGUAAACAGUAUAUUGUAUCAUGGCAGCUGUGAGUCCCCCAAGUUAAAGGAGGAUAAAGUCGAUGAAAAAUUCUGAGGUGUCUUUGUAAACAUGAUGUUUUAUUUCGGAGAAGCGUCAGCGGAGACUUCCUGCAGUUCUCCAAAUCCUAAAUGCUUCCCUCAGAUAUCGAUCGUAUAGAAAGAGAGAAAACGCUGCAGGAGGAGCAGACAGCGAGUCCAACAGACUCCAUGGAGUACCUCAGUGUUUUAGAGCCCUGAGUCCACACUACAUUAGUCAGCGCCGAGCUGUCAGGCCGCCUAAUUGGUUGGAGUUUUGCCUGAAGUACCUGCACUGCUGUCCAUUAAUCCAGGCCGCCUCUUUGUCCCGUCGUCGAGUAAAUAAGGUCCGGCCUGAGACCCCGUCUGUGAGGUGAAACAGCAGGACUUCAGCGGGUGAUUCCUCGCCACUGAUGCUAUCAUUCACACUUGUUUUUGGAGGAGGAUGGAAGAAACGUGAGCGGGCCUGGCCUCCUCGGGGACAUUGUGUGUAUAUAUAUGUAUGUUUGUGUGUGUGUGUGUGUGUGUGUGUGUGUGUGUAGAGGGGGUCCUCGCCACAUUUUGUUUGCACUUUGCAGCGGAAGUGGUUUGUUUUGUGGCGCUGACAGCUCGUCUUUGUGCCGGAGAGUGAGGCCACCAUGAGAGAGAGGCGGUGACAGUGAUGGACGAGGUGAAACAAUCACGCCCUCCCUCACUCGCCUCUUUCCCACAUUCCUGCCUCCCAUGGCAACCGGCUGCUGCCGCCCACCAUCCCCAGGAACACCAGUACAGGUCCCAUGAUGGAGGAACUUAAUACUGAUACCAGUUCUUUAAAGGAGCACCCCUCGAGUCCGACAGACAACAAUUUACAGUCAUCCUGUGAAAAGGUCGUUUGUUAUGGGGCAGAAACUCAGACUCUGUUACGACCCGACUCUUCGUGGUCGUUUUUGACCGUGGAACAACAGGAGUGUUGAGAGCCAAGCUUUCUUUAGUGAGUUCAUCCAUUUACUGGAAUCUACACCCACAACAACUCCAAGAAACUUCAGCUCCAGCAUCCCAGAACCUCUCCCCUUCAUUCUCGCUCUCAUCACCCACCAGACUCACAGGGUUGGAAAAAUCAGCUCUGUUUUGGCCUGAGCUCACUCCCACAAGGUUACGAUGAACGCUCUGCCUUCUCUUCCGUUAGUAAGUAAUGGAUCCAAGAGAAGAGAAAAGAGUCAAAAACAUAGACUUGUUUUUGUACCCGUGUGAGUGAGGCUGGAUGCUCUACCUUCCCCUGGCCCACCAUUUUCAUAAAGGAAGAGUGGAGAAAACAGAGGAAACUGCUCCACCUUUCCAGAGAAAGAGAAAGAAAAGAGUAAAUAAAGACAGUUUGAGGGCAAAGUUGUAGCAAAGAAACAGUGUCAGACUGUACUCUCUACCUUCCCCAGUGAAAAUGCUCAUGAUAGUUCAAAACUGGAAAAUAAAGCCGGGAGAGAGACGUUUAAAAAGAAGACAGAGUGAACUGUUUGACUAGAGCUGACCUCCUUCAGGCCAAACUGUACGCUCUGCCUCCUCCCUACUCCCCUAUUUUCUUGGAGGAGAGACGAGGGUAGAGGGAGAGAGAAACAGGGAGGUCAAGAGGGAGAUAGGAAAGGGAGAGCCAGGACGAGAGGCUUGGAUGGUCAGUCAUACAAUGUUGGGCUGUACGCUCUACCUUCCCUGAGCCCCUUAUUUUCAUGAAGAAAGCAUUGGUGGAUUGGAAAAAGAGAGAAAGUUAAAUAGAGAGAGAGAGAGAGAGAGAAUGACAAGAAUGUGAGGUUAGACUGUACUCUCUACCUUCCCCAAUGAAAAUGCAUGAUAGUUUAGAAGUGGAAAAUAAAGCCGGGAGAGAAACGUUUAAAAAGAAGACAGAGUGAACUGUUUGACCAGAGCUGACCUCCUUCAGGACAAACUGUAUGCUCUACCUCCUCCCUACUCCCCUAUUUUCUUGAAAGAGAGAUGAGGGAAGAAGGAGAGAGAGACAGAGGGUCAAGAGUGAGAUAGGAAAGGGAGAGUCAGGACGAGAGGCUCUGACAGUCAGUCAUACCUGGUCAGGCUGUACGCUCUACCUUCCCUGAGCCCUUAACUUUCAUGAAGAAAGCAUUGUUUAGAUAGAUUGAUAGAGAGAGGGAGAGAGAGAAUGACAAGAAUGUGAGGUUAAUCUGUACACACUACCUUCCCCUGCUCCGUCAUUUUCAUGAGGUGAAGGUGGAGAGAAGAAGGAAAAUAAAGUCAAAAUCUGCAUAGUAGUCUAAGACAGUGGACCAGAUCCAGGGUCAGGACCCGGGUAGGUUAGAGCACUAUACCUCCCUAACCACUCCCUUUCAUGAGGACUGGGAUUGGCGAGGGUGGAGUGCCUUCUUGGUCCCCCUUCUUUAGACUGUACGCUCUACCUCCCCUUACUUCAUCAUUUCCAUGAGGCCGGGAAAGAAGACAAAACUAGACGAGUAUUUGGUGACAGAUUAACGGAGGUCAGGGACAGGAACACCUGUUUGGGUAACCAUGUUCGGCUGUACGCUCUACUUUCCCGAAAAGAGACAAUCGAUUAUUUAUUUCUGAGUUUAUGCCCAAGAACUGAAGAGAAAAGUGUGUCACUACUGCUGAGACCUUUGGGGGUUUUCUGUGGUCACAUCCAGAGUUUAAAGACACAGUUUGACUCGUCACCGUCUCCUCAGGUGUCCUCUCAUCUCAGAAGUUUGCACACCUGUAUUUAACAGAUUUUGUUUUUCCUCCACAGUGCUGCUAACGUGGGUGAACUGCUCCAGCGUCCGUAUGGCCACCAGGAUCCAGGACAUCUUCACUGUGGGGAAGCUGAUGGCUCUGGGACUCAUCAUUGUGGUCGGCCUGGUCCAGAUCUGCAACGGUAACCUCCUCAGUGUGUGGCUUAAAGCUCCACGGUCCUCUGAAGACGUAGAAAGCAGCUCAGAUGUCUUCUUAACCUUCCAGGGAACUACGAGGCGCUGACCCCUCAGGUGGCCUUCUCCCUGGACCGGACGCCGUCAGUCGGGCAGAUCGCUCUGGCCUUCCUGCAGGCCUCGUUUGCCUUCAGCGGCUGGAACUUCCUCAACUACGUCACAGAGGAGGUGGUCGAACCCAGACGGUGAAUAUGAACCUUCACACUCUCAGCUCAGUGGUUUAAGAUUCCAUCGCUCUCAUGAAUAUCUGAUCUUCAGACUCUUGUUGACUUUCACGCACGUUAAUGGAUUCGAUCAUCUGUGCAUGGUGUGUGUGUGUGCAUGUGUGUUUGUGUGCGCGGCCUCGGUCAGGAAUCUACCUCGUGCCAUCUACAUCUCCAUACCAUUGGUGACCUUUGUGUACACGCUCACCAACAUCGCCUACUUCUCCUCCAUGUCACCCGAGGAGCUGCUGUCAUCCAAUGCCGUGGCUGUAGUGAGUACAGUGGCUUCAUGACGAUCAUAAACGACAGUCAGAAUUAUCAGCUGUUAUAUUUGAGCGACUGAGGCUUUAAUGGAGAGUUCCUAUCCUGGCCAGCAGAGGGAGCACUCCUUUGGUUACAAUAGUAAUAAUUUAACAUGAAAAUUAAUUUGUCUAACAAACGUUUCAACUCUCAGUCUCUGGAAAUGGCUGAGUGGUUGAUGCAGGUUUACGUAUCAACCCCCUCGACUGAAUCAGCCCUGAGACUGUCCUCAACAAACCAGGACCUGAAGUAAAGAUGGCUGCUUCUACUUUUUAACACUUCGAACUCCGCCGGAUCGCCGGUGAUCCCACGUGACACCAUUAAUUAUUGUUAAAAAGUGUUAAAAAGUUUACCCUUUUGGCGAUCUAUCGAGGGUUUCCAGACAUUUCUACACCUGCCACAAGGUUUACAAUCCAGCCACAGAAACAGGUGUUUGAUCAGAGACGAUUGAUGGUAAAUCUGCAGUGAUAUACGGUGAAAACAGGAUUAUUGAUCCGAUUAAUGUGAUUGAAAACAGAUCACUAUCGCUAAAUGCCGCUAGUGUUUUCUGGGUUUGACGAACUGUUUUGAUGACGUCUUUUUCUGUCAAACUUUCGACCAAUCACACGGUCUCAUAUUCUUCUCUAAAGAUUCAUAAACUGCACUUCCUCCCUCGGUCAAAUAAAUGCAGGUUUAUUUUAACGUCUGUUUGAUCAGGUCUAAGCUCUUUGGCCCUCAUCUUCUCCUGCAAAGAUCAGGUCUAAGCUCUUUAACUCUCUUCUUCUAUUGUUCCCCUGACGAUAGUUUCCAAUAAGAGACAUUAAAGUUCCCUGCUUGUCUGUAAAAUCAGAAAUAAUGGUCCUCAAUGUUUGGAAACAAGUAAAGAAGAGAUUCUGAGCAGUAUGAUGUGGUCCUCUGUCUCAUCCCAGGAGUGGCAGAAACAACUGUAAAUAGUGAAAAACACCUGGAAGAAUGAGUGUAAAUAUGUCAAUAGUUUCUGUUGUGUGUUUGUUCCAAUCCCAAUAUUUCUGCUCCCGAUAGACUUGAGAGAAUGAUGUUCAGGUGAGAAAAGGCUUGGUCACUGUAGAUUUAUGUGUUUUUUUAACAAAGUUCUGUUGGGAUCAGUUUCAGUUUUUGUUGUUUGGUUGACUUUGAUGGUUCUGAAUCUACUGUCACAUUUAUUUUACAUCAUUUUUGCUCCAUUAACUGAAGCUGAGGUCCUCCUGAAAAUAAAGAUGUGUUUAUAUUUGCUGUGAUUGAAGGGAUCGAUUUUUACAAAAAAAACUGGCGAUCCAAAAACGCAAAAUAUAUGUCUGGGAGUUCGAAGUGUUAAAAUCAGUCUGUGAUAACCCAUCAGGAGAAAACGGCGUUCAGAAACAAAACCAGACCCGCCGUGUUGACGUGUUGGUGACUGAGUUUGUUCUUCUGCUGUUCAGACGUUUGGAGAAAAACUGUUGGGGAUGUUCUCCGUCAUCAUGCCGAUCUCCGUCGCCCUGUCCACCUUCGGGGGGAUCAACGGCUACCUGUUCACCUCCUCCAGGUGAGACCUGCUGCUCUUCCUGCUCCUAACCUGCAGAAAUAUGACCGCUAACUCGCUAACUCACUAACGUGGCGUGUGUCUGCAGGUUGUGUUUCUCUGGAGCCAGAGAGGGUCACCUGCCCAGCCUGUUGGCCAUGAUCCACUUUAAGAACUGCACCCCCAUCCCCGCCCUGCUGGUCUGCGUACGUACGACCUUUACUUUAGCGUGAUGGUCAUGAGUAGAAUCAGUUCUUGUGACCCGGUUUUGUCUUUCAGUGCGCGGCCACCAUCGUGAUCCUCUGUAUCGGAGAGACCCAUAACCUGAUCAACUACGUGUCCUUCAUCAACUACCUGUCGUACGGCGUCACCAUCGCCGGCCUGCUCUACUACCGCUGGAAGAAACCCAACCUGUACCGACCCAUCAAGGUACCGACGCGAGUCCGAACCGAACUCUGUACUUCUACUGCAGGUCUGUACUUGAGUACCAUUGAGUACCUGGUGUGUGUCUCCUCAGGUCAACCUCUUGGUUCCCGUCUGCUACCUGAUGUUCUGGGCGCUGCUGCUGGGUUUCAGUCUUUACUCGGAGCCGGUGGUUUGUGGCGUCGGUUUGGUCAUCAUGCUCACCGGCGUACCCGUCUACUUCCUGGGCGUCCAUUGGAAAGAAAAACCAAAGUGCAUUUAUAACUUCAUCGGUGAGUUUCUGGGUUCUGUUCUUAACGGCGGGUCAGGAACCAAGUUUACAGGUGGUCACCACACCUGCCCGUUGUUUACGUUUAGAGUAAACACAAGUAUUGAUCAGAAAAUACCGUUUGACUUUAUUCAGAUGGUUUUCUGUUGUGUUCACAGCAGGUAGACACUUUUAAAACACGUCAUUUAAACAGGAUUAAAAAAUCUACAUGAGACGCAUCGAGGGGAAGUAUUGGGCAACAAACAGAUUUGAGCAUCAGAUUAACUUAAAGGGAACCUGCCAUAAAAAUGUAAUUUUGUGUGUUUUUUGUGUCAGAUAAGGUCCAUAUUAUGUUCGUCUUAUGUUGUAAAUGUGAAAACAAACCGUUUUGCAUUUGCAUUCUGUAAAGGUUUAAAAUUAAGGAACGGGUAAACCAGGCCAAUUGAAAAAGCAGGUCAAGCUGACGUUGCUCAUUAUUAUUGUGAGCAGCGUCGCCUGUCACAGCCAGAGCGAGACCCAGCUACCACUGUAUCCGCUAUGGGUCUCUUCCAAACGAUCGGUGUUUCCUUUGGUUCACUGCCGGGAAAAUGAACUUAAAGCUGGACAGAAUGAAUGAGAAAACACCGCUGGAGAUCUCCGGCUUCUUCCUCAACUUCCACCUCCUCUUUGGACUCGGGGUCUAAAAUAUAUGGUUUAAUACCUGCCGUUUUUAGCCUUUAGCAUAAGGUGACCAGACGUCCUCGAUUUCCGGGGACAGUCCCCGUAUUGGAUGAUCUGUCCCUGGCAAAAGCUGUCCCCGAAAAUGUCCCCGAUUUAAGCGUUUCAUGAAUGAGAGCAAAAAUGUUGCGUGUGGGCUCGAACAACGGUUAUUACAGUAGCCGAAUUUAGUUAGCAGUCCUGAACAACAGUUUUUACGGGGUUAAUACAAGGGGCAUGCGCUGCUACUAAAUAGUACCGAGACUUUGUCUGUGAUCACACAGCCCCUGCACCGCCGCCGCCGCCGCAUCGAAUAUCCCCGGAUAUCAUUACAGACAUCUGGGCACCUUACUUUAGCACACAUUAGCAAAAUGGAUAAACCGAAAUCCGAACCUCCACUGCUGAGCCAAUCAGAGCACAGCAGGCUUCACAGCAGCGAUCCAAUCAGAGCAAAGCUCAUUACCAUAAAUGUUAAUGAGCCAAAACCAGUUGGUUUUCCUGUAAGGUUUUUUAGGCAGACUAAAACAAACCAUCAAAUAACUUUUCAGCUAAAAUUAUGUUGCAAACAUGAUCAGAGGACAUCAAGGAUUAUGAAAAAAUGAUAAAAAUGGGGAUGAAGUUUUGGUGGCAGGUCCCCUUUAAAAAUACGAAACAGGUCGUUUAUUUCGUGACUUUAUACGUGUUCUCUGCAUUAAAUCACAAAAACAGAAUGAAAUAUAUGAAGUGGAAAGUGUGUGUUUCCCAACAACGUGUGAACACACACUCUGCACACGCUGUGGCUCUUUAUUGCCUUUUGUAUCAUAUUUGAUACAAACUUUUAUGAUCCUUCUAUCGAAUCAAUACGAUCAACAAAAUAAACAUUUCAGCUCCAAAAAAUGUGGGUCAGUGGGAAAAACAGACAAAUCUACGUUUAAAUUCACAAACAUGUGGUGAAUUAGACCCAUUGACCGUGAAGUGUCUGAAGAUGGGCGACACCGCUCAGACUGGUCAGAAACCAAUCGUGUGUCUGGUGUUGAACUCCUGACUUGUGUUUCCCCGCAGAGAGAGCGACGUACGUGGGUCAGAGGUUGUGUUUCGUGGUCUUUCCUCAGUUCGACCCCAUCGAGAUCGCCAGUCCUUCAGAGUGGACUGACCGGUCAUCGGGCAGGAGCAGUUUGUCUGCCAACUCCUAAAACUCUCUGAAAACAUGAAGAUCUUUGUUUGCUUUUUGUUUUUACUCCAUCACUGUGUAAGUCCAGACACUUCCUGUGGGUACGGGAGCCUCCUGUCUGACCUUCGACCCUCUGAGACUCUGAGUGGAAACAUCGAUUUUAUUUUCUACUAAAGCAAAACAAGCCGACAGUGUGAGAGAGACUCUGAUUCCUGUCCGGGAUUUUUUCUUCUGAAUGUUGUUUCUCGUUUUGUGCCUUUGGGUUUUUUCACGCCAAGUCUUUGACUAACUGUAGACGGUUUUCUUAGAACAGUGACACUAAAGCAGCGGGAGAGUUUUGGUCGGAUGUUUAGUUUUUUUUAAAGUAGGUAUUUAUAUGUAAAAUAAAUCCAGACUUGGUGUGAAACAGCCUUUCCUGGAAACAUGUUUGUUCAAAUAUUGUUCGUUAACUAAUUGACUUUAUUAGAUUUUAAUAUAUUUUUGGCGCGUGCCUUUCUCUCUUUACUUUUGAUUAUUGGAGAAGCACUUUGGUCUUCCAUCCACCGUCUGUUUCAAUCAGUACGAACUCUUUUACCCCCAAUUUUCACCACAUCCAGAACGGCAGCGAUUUUCGCCGAAUCACGAGAACUCACAAGAACCUGCAGAUUCACGUUCAAUCACACGAUAACGAGUUGUCUCUAUAAAGACAGACACAUAGACAUAUAAGCAGUAGAUUGUGUCCUUCCAGAGGAGGAAAUCUACUUCUAGACUUCUAGAAUCAGCAUCUCCUCAUCCAUGGUGUCAUCGGGGUGAAAUGACGUCUAAAAACCUUUCACUUGUUCGUCUCCGCCCGUUUGCAUGGUGUGAAAUACGAUCCUCCUGAAACACGGAGUGUUUUAUUUUGAAAAGAAGCUGGAUGUUUUAUUUUGUGUCUGUGCCCGACUUCCUUUCCAGCACGGGUUAAUCUGUGCUGAAUUUAUCCGCCAUGCUCCGGCGUCCAGAAAAAAUAGAACUCUUGUGAUCAGCUGAGGAGUCCGGCGAUCCGCAGAGGAACGUAAAGAAGUCGGUGGAAAUUGACACGUUAACUUGAAUGGUUACGAUCAGCUACGAUCGGAGGAUACGACCUUUUAGGAGACGAUCAGGAUGAAGGUGGAGGUCGGGGGUCAGUCUGACGACACCAUUACAGGAAAGUUCAGACUCUGUUAAACGUUGAUAAAAACAGAGUUUGGUGGUUUGUUGAUCAUUUUAACUUCAUAUCAAAUUAAAAAGAGCGCAAAGACAACACAACAAAUGUUCAAACUGAAGAACUUCAUGAAAAAUAGUCCGAAUUUUAAACAUAUUCCAGACAAAGUUGUUCGAGGAAAGUCGUCAAAAUCCUGGACUCUGCAUCCUCCGGUCUGAAGAGCAGAGGGUUUCAAAAUCACUUGUCUGUGAACUCUCCUGAGGUCUGAUGGAUCAGAAUCUGACACUCUUUUGGAAAAGGACAACUGGACUUACUUCUAAAGUCUGAGGACACUCGAUGAGAGACUUUUUGUUAAAUUUCUGUCUGGCAUCAAAAUUAAAAUGAGAAUAUAUUUGUCAUCAGAAAACCAACCUGAAAAAAAACAAAAUCAAAAGAUUUUCUUCAGUUUUAGUGUCAGAUGUUUUGUCUUUGUUUUCUUUCACUAAAUCCCCCGACUGUGGGAUGAUUAAAGGUUUAUUUUAGGUUUUUCUGAUAAUCCUCAGAUUUUUCUCCACAUCCCAAGUAUUUUUCCAUCCAGAUGUUGCAGGUUUUACUGUUAAUUUUUAUGUUUUUAACAAAGUACAUGUGUUCACUUUACAUGCCGCUGUUCUAACAUCAGUCCAUGUUAUUGUAAUCAGACAAAGUAAGAAGCAAUCCAAUCCACACAAUCCAAUGCAUGUUGAGCUAUCAUGAACACUCUCAGAAAAAACAUGUCCUGUUGCUUAAAAUGGCUCGAUACAGUCAACUUUGAUUAACUUUGUGGUCUCUUAAUUAGUGAUUUACACGGCACACAGUACGUUUGUUUUUCAGGUCAUGUCAAAGUUGAAAUGACCUGAACUCUCGUUUAAAACCCCUUUACUGGUUUAGAGACACCUGAAUUUUACCACCUAGAGUAACAGUUGUUGUUGAUGAGAUAAGCAGAUGUGACUCGGGUGUGUCUGCCUGUUAAUUACACUCCGCCUCUCGCUGCAUAAACGGUAUGACCUGUCCUGUAUCUCAGACCACACUCUGAUUUAAUACAUGAUCACUGCCUCCACAUGCUGUUAACAACAGGAGCAGAUAAUACAGCGCAGCUAUAAGACGUUACAUUGAACUGUGUGUGAAUAACGUCAGCCUUUUCGUUUGUUUUCUCGCUGUUAUCAUUUUUAUUCAAGGAUAAACCACAGACGGUUAAAACAGGAACUUUAACGAAAAGUGUAUCACGUCCUCACAUCGACGAUGAAUCUCUUUUCUCUCCUUCUUUCAUCGGCCGUUAACCACAAACUUGACGUUUUAUGUUCCCCAGAUAAACUCAGUAUAACUGCUGUAGAUACGAUUUUAACAACACUAACAGGAACUGACUGCCACAGAGGUGAAAUGUACCUGACAACACUUUACUCUCAAGAAAUAACACACCGUUGCUAUGGAGUGUUGACCAACCAGAAUCGAGUAUUUGUCACAUCAGGGUAACCAUGUGAUCAAUGGUACACAGCUUCAUGUACUCGUAUACAGAGCUUGUAAUGAUGUUUGUUUAACAUUUUUUCUCUGUUAGGUGUUUUUUUUUAAGUAUUUAGCUUCAGUUUUGAAGUUUCAGACAUGAUACCUGCCCGAACACUGAAGGAAUACCACUCAACUGUGAGCUUUCAAGCUUCUGUUUAUGGUCAUUUACAGAUACAGACAUUUAAUUUCUCUGACAUCUUUGCAGCAAAUCAUUUAAUAUUUAUUUUUCCUGAAAACAACCCAUACCUCAUAUUUUAGUCUUCACAGUUUCUGUAAACGAAUCAUGCCCAUUCUGUUAAUGUUUGUCCAGGACGUUUUCUUAGUUUAAACCUAAAUUUUUCUAACUGAAUUUUUUAAUUAACGUACAGUAGUCUAAAUGGACUUUCUACCUUCAUUUGCCACAGGGGGAGGGUUUUGGGUGUUGAUCUGUUGAUAAGAAACAGGUAAAAGACAAAAUUCAGGAAGAUAACACAGCACAGGAUUUUGAGUUUCAAGUGUUUUUCUCCUGUUUCAACGUCUCUUCACAUACACUGUAAAUUAUUUGUAAAGAAUCCGGUGUUUGCAAUAGGAUAAUUAUAAAAAUGUUAACUUGGAUGUAUUUUAGAGCACUUUUGUAAAUAUGAGUAAAUAACUACCAUAGCACAAUAAAUCAAGAAUGAACUGAACUAAAACUGAUGUAUUUUUAUUUCUACAGGGUCUGUUGGUAAGGUGGGAUACUUUUAAUAAUGAAGAAAAUCUGUUAGUUUAGAACCUUAAAGGGAUAUUCCGGCGUAAAAUUAAUUUAGGGUCAAACCCACCGUAACACCGAGUUAGACCCCCCCUCCAGAGAUGAAUGUUGUCGACCGCUUGCUUCUCUAGUUGUACCAACUUUAGUAACGACCGCAGGAUAGCAAUAAAUAGCAGUCUGGGGAGCCAUAAACAAACCUCAACCAAAACGCCACUCUGAAGCGGGGCGUUUCUCCACCUCUGUAGUCUAUAAGCUGGGCCAAUAAACUUCUACUGUAGUAAAAUGAAAAGGUAAAGGUGUUUUUAUUGAGCCGAAUUAUCAAUAAAAAGAUGAUUUUGUUAACAGGUAUGAAUAUAUGUGCUGCAGAGUUAGUAUAUUUAAACAAGAGCACAGUAAAGUUAAAUCAGCAAAUUUUCCAAUGAGGUUCUGUUUCUGAACGGAACUACACCAUGUUCUACUGAGGUUAGUACAUAUAGGGUCACA